UCGCUCACAGCAGAGACUCGAUAGUUUUAUGAAAUUUGAAAAGUUUGCCAAAUUUGUUAAUAAACUAGAAAAAGAGGACUAUUGCAAAAGACAGAGCUUAAAAGCUUUACUUAUUCAACCUGUUCAACGUCUUCCCCGCUAUCCCCUUUUACUUGAAGCGUUACUAAAAGCGACGAAUGGGGGGCAUCCGGACUAUGAAAAUAUUAGACAAGCCAUUGAAAAUAUCUCGCAGAUGACGCGGAAAGUCAACGACGUCAAACGGCAAGUCGACUACAAAAUUGGCGUCUAUUCUCUACUGCAACGCAUUGAAAAUAUUAAAACGCAAACGUUCAAUUCGCAAAGUAGACUAUUGGCUAAAUUACCGGCAACCCUCGUGGGGCCCAUUUCCCGCAUCGGCGUCAUUUUAUUUCUUUUAAAUGAUCAAAUUGUCGUGGCUGCUACCAAUGAGGGUCUUCAAAAGAAGCUUUCUCUCAUCCAACACGUGAGCAUUCCGGAAAUCACGUUGAUUGAAUUUGAGAGCCCUUCGGAGGACGAAGCGGGCCGACCACAUCACAUCUAUCGUGGAGAUAAACUGUUCGGAUUGGCUGUUCAAGAGGAGAGAAACACGUGGUUGUUUGAGAGUACGCCGGCCGCCAAGGAUGAGUUUUUGAGCGCUUUGAAACCUCUUCUUCAGGCAAAUAAUAUUAUUUAUAACAAAAAAAUAAAUAACAAAAUACAUUUUUUAAGGAAAAUAUGA